UCCACCAUCCGGAAGGUGCAGACUGAGUCCUCUACGGGCAGCGUGGGCAGUAACCGCAUCCGCACCACCCUGACGCUCUGCGUGGAGGCCAUCGACUUUGACUCGCAGGCCUGCCAGCUGCGGGUCAAAGGCACUAACAUCCAAGAGAAUGAAUAUGUCAAGAUGGGGGCCUACCACACCAUCGAGCUGGAGCCCAACCGGCAGUUCACGCUGGCAAAGAAGCAGUGGGACAGCGUGGUGCUGGAGCGCAUCGAGCAGGCCUGUGACCCAGCCUGGAGCGCUGAUGUGGCAGGGCGGGUCAUGCAGGAAGGGCUUGCUCACGUCUGCCUGGUCACUCCAAGCAUGACGCUUACCCGUGCCAAGGUGGAGGUGAACAUCCCCCGCAAGCGGAAAGGGAACUGCAGUCAGCAUGACCGGGCGCUGGAGAGGUUUUACGAGCAGGUGGUGCAAGCCAUCCAGCGGCAUAUUAACUUUGAGGUGGUGAAGUGUGUACUGGUGGCUAGCCCAGGCUUUGUACGUGAGCAGUUCUGUGACUACAUGUUUCAGCGGGCAGUCAAGACUGACAACAGACUUCUGCUGGAGAACAAGUCCAAGUUCCUACAGGUCCACUCUUCCUCGGGACAUAAAUACGCAUUGAAGGAAGCCCUCUGUGACCCAACUGUAACUAGCCGUCUCUCUGACACUAAGGCAGCCAGUGAAGUCAGAGCCUUAGAUGACUUCUAUAAAAUGCUGCAGCAUGAGCCUGACCGGGCUUUUUAUGGUCUAAAACAUGUGGAGAAGGCCAAUGAAGCCAUGGCCAUCGAUACCUUGCUGAUCAGCGAUGAGCUUUUCCGGCACCAGGAUGUGGCUACACGUGCCCGAUACGUUAAAUUGGUAGAUAGUGUGCGGGAGAACAUGGGCACAGUACGCAUUUUCUCCAGCCUUCAUGUGUCUGGAGAGCAGCUCAGCCAGCUGACAGGGGUAGCAGCCAUCCUGCGCUUUCCAGUUGCUGAGCUCUCUGACCAGGAAGAUGAAUCUAGCUCUGAAGAGGAUUGAUAACAGUGACUUAAUUCCAACAGCUUGUUUUUGCAGAUCAUGUUGAAAUGAUAUUAAGGCCUCUCCCUUCCUAAACACUAUGUGCAGAUAUGCCAUGACCUGUAAUUUAAG